AUGAAUUUGGACGCGGCCACAUCAGAAGUGUCGCGUCACCAGCUCCUCCCCUUGCUCCGCUCUCUCCUCCAUCCGCACCGGAAACAACACGGGAUCCCGGGACUGAGAGCAGAGGCACCGGAGAGAGUGCUGUACGGCCGGACCCCGAAGCAGAGGCCCCUAGAGCUCCAAGCCCCCAGCAGCAUCCUCCCCUCCUCUCCUCCCCGCCCCAGUCCUGGAUGGCCCCUCGGCAGGCCCCUCCCAGCAGCAGUGAUCGCGGGGGCCCCUGCCGGAGCCGGGAUGGUGCGGCUGGUCAGUGCUCUCGGGCUCGUCAUGUUCAGCGUGGCUCUGCUGAUCCUCUCCCUCAUCAGCUACGUGUCCAUCAAGAAAGACUUCCUGCAGGGGGGAGGUCCACGCUACGGUCAGGGGGGGGGGGCCCGUGUCUACAUGCUGCACGCAGGUUUCCGACUCGUUCCGUUCCUGAAUGAUGCUCUUCGGUCCCACGGCCCCAACACUGGGGGCCACAGCAGGACCACUGCACUGGGACAUCUGCAUCCUCCCCCCGAGACCUGUUCCCAGCUGGCCCUUAAAUACCUGGAUCCUGCCUUUGUGCCUUUGGGCAGCGCUCUCACUGAGGACCUGCUCAACUCGUCCAAGUGGAGCUUCAACCACAGUGCGUUUGUCCAGCAGAGGCAAGAGAUGGCGCAGUAUGUGGACGUGCCUCAGAACUUCAGCCUGCUGCGGGGGGCGGUGAGGGUGGGGCAGCUCAUGCACUACGAUUACUCCAGCCACAAGUACGUUUACUCCAUCGGCGAGAACUUCCACUCGCUGCUCCCGGAGGCCCCGCCCCUCCCCCACCGGACCCAACGCCGCUGCGCCGUUAUCGGCAACAGCGGCAUCCUCACCGGCUCCAAGUGCGGCACCCAGAUCGACGCCUUUGACUUUGUGUUCCGCUGCAACUUUGCACCCACAGAAGUCUUCAAGAAGGACGUCGGGCGUAGGACCAACAUGACGACCUUUAACCCCAGUAUCCUGGAGAAGUACUACAACAACCUUCUGACGGUGCAGGACCGGAACAACUUCUUCCUGAGUCUGAAGCGUUUGGAUGGCGCCAUCUUGUGGAUCCCGGCGUUCUUCUUCCACACGUCGGCCACAGUCACACGGACUCUGGUCGACUUCUUUGUGGAGCACAGAGGGAAGCUGAAGGUGAAGCUGGCCUGGCCUGGGAACAUCAUGCAGUAUGUCAACAGUUACUGGAAGACAAAGCAUCUGUCGCCGAAGCGCCUGAGCACUGGGAUCCUGAUGUACACGCUGGCCUCGUCUGUGUGCGAGCAGAUCCAUCUGUACGGGUUCUGGCCCUUCGGCUGGGACCCCAACACCGGCAAAGAGCUGCCCUACCAUUACUAUGAUAAGAAGGGCACCAAGUUCACCACCAGGUGGCAGGAGUCACACCAACUACCAGCUGAGUUCAAGCUGCUCUACCAGAUGCACACGGAUGGACUCAUCAAACUGUCUCUGUCACACUGCGCCUGA